AUGGCUAAAAAUCGGAAGAACAACGAUAACGAUGAACCAAACACUGCUCCAGAGCCUGACCGAUGGUACAACCUAUCCCUAGGUUCCUCCUUUGUGGAUCACCGCCCCUCCCCCAAAUUCUGUACUUUACGUUAUGAAUUUAAACCAGCUUCAAUUGAUAAGAAUCAACCUGGUUCGUUCCACAAGAGCAAGGACAACAGGGUUACAGUUGAGUUUCACAACAACCAACAUGGAAAACCCAAGGUUACUUUUGAAGGUGUCAGUGAGGAUUACAAGGAGCAUGAUGCUGUUUUGUUCUUUGAUGGUGAGAGUUUUCGGUUGGAGAGGUUGCACCGAGCAGUGAAGCGGUUGAGACAUCUAAGGCUGCCUGGUGAAUCUGCAGCUCCAGCAGCCUCAGUCACGAGUACAUCAAUUUCAGCACUGGAAUCUUAUUCUCCACCAACUGGUGGGAAAGGAGCAAAGCUUCAGUCUUUGAACAAGGAUGUUCUUCCUCAUAUGCCGGUGGAGGUGAAAGGAAUUGAUAUCAACAACUCAGAGAGCUUAGCCCCAGGCCCAACAUCUGAAACUGACAAGGAUUUUGAUUGUCCACCUUCCUUACCAAAUCCACCAGCUGCAUCUCCUGAUGCAGAACCUAGAAGUGAUGAGAUGGAUGAAGAAGUAGAUGUUGUCAUUGAUGAUGAUGAUGAUGAUGUUGUUGUUGUGCAUGAUACAACUGGGAAAGGAAAGUCUCCUGUAAAUGAAUUUCACACUGGCAUUGACAUUAACAUACCUCAUCCAGGUGAUCUGGAUGAUGAGAUUGCUGAUGUAGAUGUAGAUGAUGUGGUGGAUAAUGUCCCAAAUGCUGCAGAAGCCCUUAGAGCUCAAGUGAAUGCUGAGGUGGAAGGGAAGCAGACUUCAAGCUCUAGUGAUAGUAGUGGGAGUGAGAGUAGUGGGAGUGAAAGCGGCAGUGGAAGUGGCAGUGGAAAUGAAAGCGAGAGCGUGAGUAGCAGCAGUGAUACUGAAAGCAGUGAAGGUGGUGACUCAGUAAAUUCUAUCUAG